AUGUCAAAAUUGAUAGUGUAUCUUGUUUUCAUCAUUUAUUGUGCUAAUCAGGCACAAAACGCAGGAGGAAGAGCAGGAGGACAAGCAGGACCAGCAGGUGCAGCAGGUGCAGCAGGAGUAGCCGCUGAAGUUGUCACAAAUUAUAGAGCUGACAAGUUAUGGGAUGAUGACUUAUUAAUGGAGACAACGCAAGUAGAAGAAUCAACACUGACGAAUUGUGACACAAUGAAAGAUGGAAGAUUAUUUAUUUUGGAUGAAAAACCGUUGUUAUUGAUGAUAAAUAGUGUUAAUCUGAUAAAGUGA